CCUCUACCAACACCUGCCUUUUUCGUCUUUUUGAAAGCAUAUCGAAAUCAUGGCUAUUGGAAAGAGAAAAGCAGUUAAUGGAUUGAAAAAUGGAAGCAAAUUUGAUAAUAAACGAUCCAAGCCUGCUGAUUCAGUUGAAUUGAAAGUUAAGUCCAAAAAACAAGAAGUUGCUUCUCCGGAAGAAACCUUGUCGCAAUCCGAUUCUGAAGCAGAGGAAGAAAACAAUGCAUCUUCUGUUGAAGAAAGUGAAAAUGAAGAAGCCGAGUUUACCGGUUUUAAAGACGAAAACGAACAAGAUAAUGAAGAACAAGAGGAGGACUCUGAGGAAAGCAAGAAAAAUUCUAAGGAGGCUCACGCUAAUCAGAAGAAGAUACAAAAAGACCGUCGAGCAUCAAAACCGUUUGCUGAUGUUAGCAUAAAAGCCAAAUCCUUGUGGGAUAAACUUCGUCAAAAAGGAACACUGAAGGCUGAUGAGCGUAAGAAGUUAGUAUCAGAACUAUUUGAUAUGAUUAAAUCGCAUGUGAAACAGCUAGUGUUCAAACAUGAUAUGUCUCGUGUUAUCCAGACAUGUGUCAAAUAUGGUUCUAAACAGCAACGCGAAAGUAUUGCUGACGAACUUUCUGGUAGCUUUGUUGAACUAUGCAAGAGCCCUUAUGGAAAAUAUCUUGCAGUUAAGCUUUUCAAAUAUGGAACUCCCAAAAUGAAAGAGGCAGCUCUAGGAGAAUUACAUGGACAUGUUACAAAAUUGAUUCGACACCGAGAGGCUGCUUAUGUCGUAGAAGAUGUAUUCCGCGAGUAUACCAAUUUGCAGCAACAAAAUGCGUUAAUUUGCGAGUUUUACGGUCCAGAAUAUCAAGUCUUUAAGGAAAGAACGCAGGAUAUGCAUAUAGACAAAAUUUUGCAAGAACACCCCGAAAAGCGAGCAAGCGUCAUGAAUAAUUUAUGGAAAACUAUCGAUGGAUCGAUUGCCAAAGGCUCAAUCGGAUUUACAAUGGUUCACCGAGCGAUGUUAGAGUUUAUCCAGCAUGCUAGCUCGAAUGAAGCAAAAGAUCUUUUGCAAGCUACAAAGGAACAAAUUUACGAGUUUGUGCAUACAAGAGACGGUUCGCAAGUUGCUAUGAAGUUGUUUGCUAUUGCAAAUGCUAAAGACCGUAAGGCUAUGUUGAAAGGUUUACGUCCAUAUUUUGUAGAAACUGCUAAAGACUCAUAUGGUCAUUUGGUUUUAGUCACUGCUUUAGACUGUACUGAUGAUACUAUUAUGACUGGAAAAUUGCUGCAAGCGGAAUUUGAGAACGAACUAAUCAAAAUAUCCACGCAUAAGUUUGCGCGCAGAGUUUUGUUGUACAUACUGGUUGGUUGGGAAGACGCCCGAUAUUUCAGUAAAGAAAACCGCAAUAUGUUGGCUUCUUUAGAAUCGCUUAAAGCUGCCACUUCAAAAAAGGAUCCAGUUGUUCGUAGAAAUGAGUUGAAGACCACUGUUGGACCUAUGUUGUUGAAUGUGAUCACUAAUGCUGCUGGUGAGUUGUUGGCUGAAUCCUUGAGCUCUCAAGUGGUUGUCGAUACUUUAUUGAGCGUGCCAGGUGAUAAAAAGGAGGCCGUGAAUGCCGUAGUGAAAGUGUUUGAAGGAAAUCCCGCUGAUGAAAAGCAUUUGAUCCACCAAAUUCACUGUUCUCGUGCCUUGAAAACACUUGUUCAGAAUGGACAUUGGAACGGAGCAGAACAACGUAUCGUGAAGUCUGAAGAAGAAUUAGGGGUAGCAGGAACCUUAAAAGAUAUGAUUGGUGAAUAUUUGGUAGAGUGGGCUGCUGGAGACGGUGCUUUCGUUGUUCUUGCUGUUUUGGAAGCAUUGGAUGAAAAAGAAAGGAAGAAGUUUUUAGACCAGCUGAAGAAACAUCAAAAGACAUUAAAGAAGUCGGAAUUUCGUGGAACACAAAAACUUUUGGAAAUGCUUUAGUACUAUAAAAUUUUAGUUAUGGGAUUAGCCGGGUAAAAAUAUUAUCUAUUGGAUUUAAAGGAA